UCCUACCGCUCUGGUCUGCUGGGGGGCUGCUCCCCUCCCCCGCCGGCUGGCCGGCGCCGGGCGCUCCAAUGAGAGCGGCUGCCUCUCCCUGCCUCGCGGAGCCCGGCGGCGCCGGCCCUGCGUGUGCGAGUCCGGCCAGCAGGCGAGGAUGAUGCCGGCUCUGGCCGCCCAGAGGCGGGGGUGGCGCUGCCUUUACCGGUUGUACCUGCGGUGCCAGGCGGCGCAGCUCAGCCGGGUCUGCCACGGAUGGCAAGGCUCGAUGAAAUGCGGAAGUCUCUCUCGCAUACUGCCAUGCAGUCGUCUAGCAGUCCAAUCACUGAGUCAAGUGAGAGUUUACACUUCUGAUGGUCAGAAAAAAGGCCCUGUACCAGGCCCUGAAGGAGCUGUGCACAAAGCUGGAACAGCACGGGAUACCAGCAGUGCAGGCCAAAAACCACUUUUAUUGCAAGAGCCAAUCCAAAUAAAAGUUAAAGCAGUUCUUAAAAAGAGAGAAUAUGGACCAAAAUACACGCAAAAUAAUUUCAUCACUGGUGUCAGAGCAAUAAAUGAGUUCUGUCUUAAAUCCAGAGUGCUGACUCUGCAUGCCAAGAAGUGCAAAUCCCAUUAGUCACUGAAGAGAAAAUGCUAUCUCUGGGACAGCCAGCUUUUCACAGGGUGCACAGGCAGCCUUGUAGCAGUAGUUAGAAACCAUGCAAAUCUCUAAAAUAUGAAACCCCACUUAGAAGCCAUAAGAAGCUUCAUUUUAAACUUAAGGUACUUUAAUAUUAUAUCUGUUUACAAAUGCUUAUUAUAUGUUGCCAAAUUAAGACUUAACUCUCACUAUUAUCCUGACUUAAUCACAUGUAUCAUUCUGGACUAUGGUUAUUGUUACUCAAAUGUAUAUUUAACUCUCUUUAGUGUCUGUCAUCCAUUGCUGGCAUCCAUUUAAACAAC